AUGGAGUACCAGGGCCACGAUGUCUUUGAGACUAUCGGGACCACAAAAGCAAGCACUUUGUCCACAGCCACGGCAGCGAACGCCUCGGAUGAAACACGCUGCCAGCGCCGGGGAGAGAGGAAGUGCUGCUCUGACCCUCCUCCUCCUUUCAGGGUGGAGCCUGCUGGAGUCCGAUGGUUAACACCCGGUCUGAGGAAGUAUUCCUGUGAACUCACACUCGACACAAACACAGUGAACAGAAAGCUCAAACUGUCUGACAACAACAGGAAGGUGACACAUGUGGAGGAGGUUCAGUCGUAUCCUGAUCAUACAGACAGAUUUGACUCGUGGCCUCAGCUGCUUUGUAGAACUGGUCUGACUGGUCGCUGUUACUGGGAGGUCGAGUGCAGAGGAAUUAUUUCUAUAUCAGACAGUUACAGAGGAAUCAGUAGGAGAGGAGACGGUAAAGACUGUGUGUUUGGAAGGAAUAAUCAGUCCUGGAGUCUGAUCUGCUUUGAUGGUCGUCAUUACAUUGUCUUGCACAAUGACAGCAAAACACCCAUCACCAUCACCACCACCUACUUCUCCUCCUCCGGUAGAGUAGGAGUGUAUGUAGACUGUCCUGCUGGCACUCUGUCCUUCUACAGCGUCUCCUCUGGCACACUGAUCCUCCUCCACACCUUCAACACCACAUUCACUGAACCUCUUUAUCCUGGGUUUGGGUUUGGGUUUGGGUCUGGGUUUGGGUUUGUGUCUGGUUCUGGUUCUUCAGUGUCUCUGUGUUCUCCUCACUGAUCUCUCACUGAUUGUAAAUGCAGUUGGAGCAGGUGAGGGUUACCUGAGCUGGUCUGGACUCUGAGGUGUUGAGAUCUCUCAGUGAAGACGGUGAUGUCUUGCCAGCCUCAGCCAACCCAUGACAACCCCUCCUUCUCCUCCGCAAACAAGCGUGUGUUGCGAGGCUCAACUCUGUGCUGGUGGCCAGGGAGACGUUUUUAAAAGUCUCUACUAGGGGUGUAACGAUUCAUCUACUACAUCGAUGUAUCGAUUUAUAUUCCUACGAUCGUUUGUUGUACACAUUACAUUCUCUCUAGAUUUUUUUUCGUGAAACCCCAACCUUAAAGUUCAAACUGCGCCGAUGACGAUACUACGACAAAUUGAGCCUUUCCGACUUGAUAAAUGAUCUUUUAAAGAGACAAACAUCAUCUGUGUGAUUCAUGGAGCAAUUUAAACAGGAUCAAAAACAUAUUUCUCUCUCUCCGUUGACUAUCGUACAUAUUUUUUCCUAAAUAAGGUCCCAUGGGGUCCACCAGAAGGGGCGGGACUUCCCCUCUCUAUAACGGGGGACUUGUGGUGUUUGCAGACGGCUGAAAGAGCGACAAUGUAAUAACCUGAAAUGAUGUGUUGUCUGAGAGAAGGUGUGAAACAUUCACUUUAACUUUGUGUAUAAAACUGAAACAUUUAUUUGUGUGAAGAAACACCUAAAAACAACUUGUAAAAGGUU